UGGCCGCCUGGCGUCACCUUGCCUGGAACCCGCCGUCAGCAUGGCUGCUCACCCGCUCUCCUGGCUGCUCCGCGUCGCCGCCCUCUGCCAUCUAACCGCGCUGCUGGCCGGACAGCACCAUGGUGUGAACAAAUGCAGCAUCAUAUGCAACCAAAUGACCUCGGAGAUCUCCGUGAAAGUUCUAAUGAGCUAUCAACGAAAUCAAGCAUCUUGCCGCAAACCCGCCAUCAUCUUGAAGACCAUCAAGAACAGAACCUUCUGUGCUGACCCAGAGGCGAAGUGGGUCCAGGAAGCCAUGGAGUACCUGGACCGCAAGGCCAUGCCCAGGGGUAGCACAUUUGAGAAGCAGAUCGGCGCCACUACUGCCCGGACGACCUGGGGCACGGACAGCGCUGCGGUCCCAGAGCUCAGCGCUGCAGGGGAGAGCAGUAGCUGGGAGGCACCGGGGGCCUUGGGGACUUCCCUGGAGCUGCCUACAGAAGUGACUGGUUCCUGGGGGACCAGGUCCCCCACUGCUUCAAAGACUCCAAAUGGAGGGCCUUCCGCUGGGCCCGAGGAAACUGAGCUUUUCAGUACUGCUGCUGCCACCACGGCCACAUCCUGGCAGAGUUCUGCUCACCAGCUUGGGUUGGACCUCCCGGCUGAGGGAAAGGCUUCUGAAAACCUCUCCACCCAGGCCCCCUCCACCCCACCCCCCUCCACCCAGGCCCCCUCCACCCAGACCCCCUCCACCCAGACCACCUCCACCCAGGCCCCCUCCACCCAGGCCCCCUCCACCCAGACCCCCUCCACCCACCAGAUCCUCCCCACCCAGGCCCCCUCCACUCAGGCCCCCAUCUCUUUACACACAGCCCCAGAAGGCAGCAUUGGGCCUGAAGGGCAACCUGUGUGGACCCACAGACAGGAUCCCAUGCUGGACAACCCUCUAGGGUUCAGGGAGCAGGGUCCCAUUUCGGCUCACACGGAUGCUUUCAUGGGGCCUGGCAGCAUGCCUCAAGUCUCCGUGGUCCCUGUUUCCUCUGAAGGGGCCCCCAGCAGGGAGCCAGUGGCCUCAGGCAGUUGGGCCCCCAAGGCCGAAGACCCCCAGAGGCUGGACACCCUCAUCACUCCUAUCCCCGACUCCCAGGUGGCCACCCGGAGGCAGGCGGUGGGGCUGUUGGCCUUUCUGGGCCUCCUCUUCUGCCUGGGGGUGGCCAUGUUCGCCUAUCAGAGCCUACAGGGCUGUCCCCGAAACAUGGCGGGGGAAAUGGUGGAAGGGCUUCGCUAUGUGCCCCGAAGCUGUGGCAGUAACUCGUAUGUCCUCGUGCCAGUGUGAGCUGCCCUCCUGCCUGUGUCCAGAGGUCCCACUCAAACAACUGCCCAGGGUCCCCCAUCCUCACUCCUACUCUCACCCAAGGGCUUGACCCGAGCUGGGAUGAUCAAAGCAGGGAGGCAGGAUCCUCCAGGUACGACUGUCCCCAGUUCCUGGGCAGAUCUCGGGAGACCCCCUUACCAUCUUUGACCAACUGAGACAGAGUGGGUAGCCUCUGCAAUCUAUGCCAAUGCCCCCAAGUCAGAAACUCUCCUCUGCUGCUGGCUGGUAAGAGGUUCCCUUUAACACCAUCCCGGCCCCAGUGAACAAUUAUUUAUUGACUGCUCAGUCCCCCUGGCCAUGACUCCAUGUAGGUACCACUGUCCACCCACCUCACAAAUGAGCCUCAGGCCAGGCCCUUCUGCCCACUCCCUCCAACCUCAUUGUGUCUUGGUCCCUCUGCAGUUGCCUGUCACCCUGGCCACCUGCGGUGCUACCACCACCCCUACGCCCAGUCCCUGUCCCCUGUACAGAUCGCACGCCCUAGCCAGGACCUGUCUUUUCUUGCAUGAGGCAGAUGUGGUGUUUGCUGGUACUGCUCUCAGCGAAGGCUCUGCCCUCGGGCGCCUUGGGAACGGGUGGUGGAGUCACCCAGUGGGUUUGAUGUGUUCCCUCCUCCCCUGUGCUGUGCAGUGAAGGAACAUUGACUCUGAGUUGUGAAGCCUGGGGCGCUAGUCCCAGCUCCACCGUCACCCUGACAAGGCAUCCAUCCCUCUGGCUUCCCAUCUGUGAAAAGAAAGAAGGACAGCAAAUACGUGGCAAUAGCCUGUACCAUUUUCCCCAGACCCUGGGUACAGAGAGCACCUUAGCCAGAUUCUACCAACCAACGAGGCUGGCACAUCUGUGGGCCCUGUGGCCAGGAGGCCCUGAUAGCCCAGUCCUGCCCUGUUGGAGGGUCAGCACCGUGGGCCCCCAGGAUAGAGGCUGGUCUGGGAUACUUUUGGAGCAGAGACCAAUUUAAGAAUUCUCUGUAUCCACUAGACACUGAGACAGCCCGGGUGACAUGUGACAGGCUGAAGGAGGGGGGGAGGCCUUCCGGCUUGGGGAAGGAUCCAGGGAGAAGCUGUGGGGGGCAGUCACACUCCGUGUUAGGGACUUGGGUCCAGCAACUGUUCUUCCUACCUGCAGCCUGGGUUCUCCACCCACCUCUGGCUCCCAGGAAACACUGUUCUCUGCACACUAUCUUCUCCCCUCACCUUUGCCCCCAUGGCAGGCAGGGCCAGGAGUGCCCUUGAGCUCAGAACCACUGCUGACAUCCAAGGUUCCGUGCUUACUUCUGGAAGGAGCUCUGCCCUGUGGGGAGGGACCUGUGGGGGAAGGGAAGUUGUGGGCAUAAGUCAAGGGAUUCCUUUUGGCUGCUGAAGACUCAGGCAGGCUUAGGUGAGGCUGAAGGCUGACUGGUGGGCCAGCACCCCCCAGUCAGAGCUGGGCCUGUAGGCCUCACCCCUCAGGGUCCCUGGUGGCAGUUCCCCACCUCCCUCUGAUUGUCCCCAAAGGUGACCUUUGCCCUCCACCUGGGAAACCUCCAUGGGCUGGGCUCUCUCCAGGUACAGGUGACAUACUCCUUUACAGAUGGAUGCUGGAGGUCUACAGAAAGAGGACUGGGCCCUCCUAUACCCCCUGCUGGGCAUGAUACCCCCUGCUUGGGCCUGGCUUGAGUUGGGGGGCAUUUUGAGGGGGACAAACAGGUCUGAAUACACUUUUUUUGGCUCUUCCCGGCUGGGAGCCUUCAAGGCGUGGGGCACCCGUGAUGGGGCUCCCCUCCUCUGUCAGAAAGCAGCUGGGGCAGCUGGUCCCCUCUCCAGGGACUUGGACAAAACAGUUCGGGGAGGACUUUAGAAGAAGGUUGAUCCUUUUGCUUUUCCAACCCUAUCACCAAUG